AUGGCAAAUCAUUCUCAAGAAAGAGAGGCUGUCAGUUUUUCCCUUCCAGAAUUUUUACUCAUUGGGAGGCCACUAAUUCCCCAUCUGUGGAAGGGUGCAAAUUCAGACCUGUAUGUGAUUUGCUCAAAGGGAGAGAAAAUAUAUUCAGGACAAGGAAUUAAAAGUCUGGUGGAUGAAGUGGUCUCUGAGAACAUGAAGCAGCUAGACCAGAUAGAGCACUCACUGCUGGAAGAUUUAAAAGCUCAAGAUAAAACUUUUAAUGAUUACAUCGCCUAUCUAAACAACCUAAUUAAGGAGUUUCAGGAAUUCCUCUCCUCACCAGAUCCAACAAAAUUAACUCUGACACUCUCUUUGGUAGACAUGGAAAUCCAACCAAUACCAGAGUCGACAAAACCGGUAUCACCAGUAUUUACUGCUGGUCAAUAUGGCAAAGAGGAUGUUGUUAAAUUACUGGGUAAAAUAAGUAUUCCAGAGAUAAAACCAGAAAGAAGGAAUAUAAAGCCAAUGGAUAUUCCAUCUAGUCUAACACCAAAGAAACCUACAGGUAAACAGUUAAAAUCUGACAAAAGGAAAUUUAAUGUGAAACAAACACUGUCUCUAUCUUCCUCUGUCACUGAGGUCAGGGAGUUCACAGUACCAGGUGUUGACGAUCUAUUCCAUAUAUCAAUAGAUCAGUCAGACAGACUCUGGGGCAGUGAUAAUGAUGGUAACCUUGUCCAAACAGAUCUAGAGGGGAGUCAGUUACAGAAGAUAGUAACCAGUGGUGAAUUUGGAUACCACACAGUGACACAGGACGGGGAUCUGAUCUUUACAGACACAGACAACAAAGUCAUAAAUAGGGUAACUCUGGAUAUUAAUAUCACUAAAUUCAUUAAAACAGGAGAUUGGGCACCAAUCAGCAUACACUCUUCCCACAUCAAUGGGGACAUACUGGUGGGGAUGAGGAAGGGUAGAGAGGCUAAAUUGACCAGGUACAGCAAGACAGGGAAAGAACUACAGAACAUAGAAAGGGAUAACAAAGGACAGAGACUGUAUAGUGACCCAUACUACAUAACAGAAAACAUCAAUGGAGAUAUCUGUACAUCAGAGAAUGAAAAGGCAGUAGUGGUGGUGAAUAAAUCAGGACAGCACAGAUUCUUCUACAAAGGUCAGGGGUCAGUGUUCCAUCCCUUAGGAAUCUGUAUUGAUGUCCUUGGUCACAUAUUAGUGUGUGAUCUGUACAAUGUUCACCUCCUUGAUCAGGAUGGUCAGUUUUUAUCUCUACUAAUCACACGAGAAACAGGGAUUUAUCCUAUCAGUGUAUGUAUGGAUGAUGAGAACAAUCUUUAUGAAGGAGAUGUCGAUGCCAGAGUUAUAAUGUACAAGUAUCUUCAGUGAUUCUUAUUCUUAAAUCUAACAAUUAUGUGUAUGUCAUUAUUUUUACUUAAAUUAAACAGAAUUAUAUUUAUCAGAGAUUUAAUUUUGCCUAUCUAUUGAUGCAACAGAAUUAUCUAAUGUAAGUUUUAGAAUAAUAGAUAACCAAAUGUGUGAUAAGACCGAAUCACUAGAGAUAAAUGUCAAAUUUUCCUGUUACUUAAUUUUUCUAAAAGGGAUCUUUGCUUCAUGGACUGAUUGUUUAUUUGAAA